GCUACGCAAUUUACGCUCCAUGUGAAAGCACCCUCAUUGUAGACCCAGCAUUAGGCGCAUGCGCGACUGAGAAGGACAGAAAGGGCCUACAUGCAGCGCUCCUUUUCUAUACCGCCUACGCGUUAGCAUAUGACUCGCGCACUCUCUAUUCUUAUAUCUCUAUGGUCUGUAGUCUUGCCGCAGGUGGCGCAGGUGCGUUCGCAACUUGAUACGCGCCACGCGCCGCGGGCGGGGGCAUCGUAAUCGUAGGCCAGCGCCAGCAACACACUGCACAAGCACAGGCGUGCGAGUCUACGGCGCGGGAGCCACGCGUGUUUGCUCACCGAUGUUGAUCGAACGAGGUUGAGGCAGAGCAACGCGGAAGGAUGUCAACAGCAUUGCGGGAGGACGACGCCAGGGCGGCCGCCGCCGCCGCCGUCGACGCCAACACCAGCACCAGCAUCAGCACCGUCGUCGACCAUGCCGAGGGGCACAGGCUUCGCGCCGGGACCGACAGCUUCCCGAGCAUCAACGAGAGGCCGGUCGACGACAUCUCCCUCGAGUUCUUCUACAAACCGCACACCAUCACCCUGCUGCUCAUCUCCAUCGGCGCCGUCAUAUACUCGGCGUUUGCCAGGAACACCACCAACGUGGAGGACAAUAUGUGGGCGGGCAUGCUGUGCGUCAUCUUUUUCUUCCUCAUCGUAUCUGUCCUGACAUUCCCCAACGGCCCGUUCACCAGGCCCCAUCCCGUCAUAUGGCGGAUAGUGUUCGGCUGCAGCGUGCUCUAUCUGAUGGGCCUGCUGUUCCUGCUGUUCCAAAACUACGAGACGGUGAGGAGGAUCCUGGUGUGGGUGGAUCCAGGCCUCGCCUCCUUCCACAUCGACAUGGACAAGGAGUACGGCGUCAACUGCUCGGACGUGACGGUGGAGAAGAUCUGGAACCACCUGGACGUGUUCGCGCUGGCCCACUUUCUCGGCUGGGCCUUCAAGGCCGUCCUGAUUCGCCACCUCGGUAUCCUCUGGGCUAUCAGCGUCAUGUGGGAGGUGACGGAGAUUGCCUUUGCUCACUUGCUGCCGAACUUUGUCGAGUGCUGGUGGGACGCGUUGAUCCUGGACGUUCUGGUGUGCAAUGGAUUGGGCAUCUGGGUCGGCCUGAAGAUCUGCUCCAUAUUAGAGAUGAGAGAGUACAAGUGGGUCAGUAUACGUGACAUCGAGAGCACCACUGGGAAGCUGAAGAGAGCAGUGCUGCAGUUUACUCCUGGCAGUUGGACGUCCGUCAGAUGGCUGGAUCCAACUUGCACGCAUAUGCGAUUGGUUGCUUUGUGCCAACUAGUGAUAUUCUGGCAAGUCUCCGAGCUGAAUACCUUCUUCUUGAAGCACGUCUACGAGUUUCCACCGUCCCAUCCGUUCGUCGUGGCCAGAUUAGUAUUAAUCGGCGUAAUAGUCGCGCCAUCGGUUAGGCAGUAUUAUAUGUACGUGACAGACCCGACGUGUAGUCGAGUAGGAACUCAAUGUUGGGUCUACGGAGCAAUCAUGGUAACAGAAGCUUUGCUCUGUAUACGCCACGGCGCGGCCCUGUUUGAGCGCACUCAAGCUCUCAACAUCCUCCUCUGGCUACUGUGCCAGUCUCUAGUCUCGGUUCUCUGUGUCUACGGCUGCGUCUUGUGGCAUCAGUACUUUGAGACGGGAAAGAAAGUCACUAUAAGACGGUCUGUCUCCCAUCUGAACAGGUUUCACACGGAUAUAAGCGGGAAUAUGGCUCGUCGUACGAAAUCCGUGGAAGAAUUGGAUAAGAAGAAACUGUGAGAGGAAAAGUGAAGAGAACCGCUUGAUGGUGAACUGUAGACGUUAACUGUGGACAUUGUACUUUCUAGUCGAAUAGGACAAUCGCGCGUAAGAGUAGAAUGGAUGGCGACGCGUGCAUGCGAUUGUUUGUGACGUGGUAUGGAGUGUCUCCAAAGCUGUUACUUUUUGUUCCUUAGAAGAAAUGAAGAACAUUGUUAUUACUCAAAGUAAUUCGCGGACGCCACCAAUUUGCGUUCCGUCAAGUUCGAUGUAAACUUCGUGUAUGUACGGCCAUUUAUUGAUUCGUAUUCAUUCAGUGAUUACAUUGUUCGCUUACUUCCUCGUUCUUUCUUAACGUUAGUUAUAAUGUUACCUCGCAAACGAUGCGCUUGCGGCAA